AUGUUAUUGACCUUACUUUCAGGAUCACUCUUUGGUUCUUCGCAUAUUUGUGGUGCACCAUCUUCACCUUUUGGUAAACUCAUCAGCUUCUUCAAUUCAAGGGGUAUAUCAGAAGCUGGUGGUGGUUUCAUCAAUCUGAUGGAGGAAAAUCUGCCUCCUGGAUUCAGGUUCCAUCCUACAGACGAAGAACUCAUCACAUGUUAUCUUACAAAGAAGGUUUCUGAUUCUAGCUUCACAUCCAAAGCUAUAGCAGUUGUUGAUCUCAACAAAUCUGAACCUUGGGACCUACCAGGAAAGGCCUCCAUGGGAGAAAAAGAGUGGUACUUCUUUAGCUUAAGAGACAGAAAGUAUCCAACUGGACUUCGAACAAACCGAGCCACUGAAUCAGGUUACUGGAAAACCACAGGGAAAGACAAGGAAAUUUUUCGUACUGGUGUUUUGGUAGGAAUGAAGAAAACCCUAGUUUUCUACAGGGGUAGAGCUCCAAAGGGAGAGAAAAGUAAUUGGGUCAUGCACGAGUAUAGACUAGAAAACAAGCAUCACUUAAGACCUUCCAAGGAUGAAUGGGUGGUUUGCAGGGUUUUCCAAAAGAGCUUACAAACGAAGAAACCACAGGAAACUCCCUCAUCACAACCAGAGUCCCCAUGUGACACAGCCUCAAUGGUCAAUGAAUUUGGUGAUGUUGAGCUUCCUAAUCUAAAUAGCAUUGCAAAUUCCUCAGGUGGACUCACUAACAACAUUUCAGGACAGAGUUUUAUGAAUGCUGAUCUCAGUAAUAGUGUUAACACAAACAUGAACUUGGCCAUGAACUGGCCAGUUGCAAGUGAGGUUCAGGUUCCCUCUCUUCCAUCCCUACCAUGGCCUUCUGGGUUGCUAAAUUCAAGUCUUUCUGUAAAUUCAUUGCUUCUCAAGGCAUUACAAAUUAGGAGUUAUCAACAAAGAGAAGCAGCAGUAGCUACAGAUCAUUUUGCAUCAUAUAUGGCUCAAGGAGUUUCCCAAGUUGGAACUGACCUAAGUUCAAAUCUCAGUGCCUCUUCUUCAAAAGUUCUAGAAUGUAUGCCACAGCAGCAACAACAACAGGAGCAACCAUUCAAUUUGGACUCCAUUUGGUGA